AUGAGAUACCACGUGGAAGUACCCGUAAUGAGCGGUCCCGAGACCGCGUUUGUCGUUGACCUCAUUUCGCGCACAAUCUCAAAAAUCGAGGUGAUUAAAACCGUGUACGAUGCCGCCAAAGAUGCGCAAGGCCAGCCAGAAGCAUUUCGUCAAGUGGCUGCACGACUACCACUAGUGAUCAGAAUGCUUCAUAGCGCUAAAGAGAGGGCGCAGGUACUCGACGAGACUGCACAGGAGGCAUUGGAGCCUACUCUAGGGUCAUACAAAGCAAAGGUCGAGGCCCUUCAAAAAAUAUUCCAGAAGGUUGUUCGGAAGGAUGACGACAAGUGGUACGAUCGGUACAAGAAAACCGUGGUGGGUACAUUGGGAAAACAGGGUUCGGUGGAAGGAUUAAUGGAGGGGAUAUUGAAGGACAUCCAUGUGCUUGUGUGUGGAAAGCUUAUAGGAACUGCUACCGAUGCUGAAGUGCAAGAGAUCAAAGAGGCGAUGAAGCAGAUGAAAGAUAUGCCUUCCUCUCUCACGACCGCGACUGCAGUCUCUCUCACGAACAGGUCUGCAGAUGCCCUCCAGCAACAUAGCGGCAGUGGCGACAAUAUUCUUGUUACUGGGGGAUCAGUCCUAAGUCUCCACAAAGGUAUAGGGAAUCGGUAUGUGAUUUCUGGGGAUGUAUAUUUCUGA